AUGGCUGGGGAAAUAACAAUUCUAGGUUCAGCUGUCCUAACUCUUCUUUUGGCUGGCUAUUUGGCACAGCAGUAUUUGCCUUUGCCCACCCCGAAAGUGAUUGGCAUUGACCUCGGUACCACCUACUGUUCUGUUGGGGCAUUUCUUCCAGGCACAGGAAAGGUGAAGGUCAUUCCAGAUGAAAGUGGUCAUAAUAGCAUACCCAGCAUGGUAUCUUUUACUGAAACUGACAUUCAUGUAGGAUAUGAUGGAUUGGAACUGGCAGAUUCAAAUCCACAGAACACAAUAUAUGAUGCCAAACGAUUCAUAGGAAAAAUUUUCACCCAGGAAGAGCUGGAGACUGAAAUUAGUAGAUAUCCAUUUAAGGUCUUAAACAACAAUGGAACAGCUGAAUUUUCUGUGAUAAGCAAUGGAACCAUCACUGUUUCUCCAGAAUAUAUUGGCUCCCGACUGCUUUUAAAGCUAAAGAAAAUGGCAGAAGACUAUUUUGGGAUGCCAGUAUCCAAUGCUGUUAUUUCUGUGCCGGCAGAAUUUAAUCUAAGGCAGAGAAAUUGUACCGUUCAGGCUGCUAAUCUUGCAGGACUAAAAAUCUUAAGAGUAAUUAAUGAACCCACAGCUGCAGCUAUGGCUUAUGGACUUCACAAAGCAGAUGUUGUUAAUGUCUUGGUGAUAGAUUUGGGUGGUGGAACACUAGAUGUUUCCUUACUCAACAAACAAGGAGGAAUGUUUUUAACCCGAGCCAUGGCAGUGAAUACCGCCGGCCCCGCCCCACCGGUGGGGGCGAGGCGGUUCGGCCGCGAUGGCGAGCACGGACCCGGGGAACCUAAAAGACAUCCGACUGCGGGCUGA